GAAUCUGCCCUUCUGUUUUCGUAUCAUGUUAAUUUUAUUGGUUUUAUAUUCGUUUUAGAAAAAAACAAGGUAUUGGAAGAUGUCUCGUAGAAAGUUUGUAUUUGAUCAGCUUCAUCAGUUUUUAAAAACAGAUGACAUAGCGAGCAUGUCAUACAUUUUGCGUUGGGAGUACCAAAAGCAGCAACUAUUUCAAAUAAAGAAUGACGAAGGCUUGACACUCCUGCACAUUGCUUGUUUGGAAGGAAACUUAAGAUAUGUUGAUCUACUGUUAGAACACGGUGCUAGUGUACACACGAAAAGUUCUGUUGGAUGGACAAGUCUUCAUGCAGCUACUUUAGGGGGAAACUUCAACGUUGUAUCCUAUCUCCUUCACAACUGUUCUGCGGAUCCAUUAGCAAAAGACGACAUGGGAUGUAUUCCAUCUGAUUUAACCAUGGAUAGAGACAUUCUUCAACUUUUAAAUGAGCAUACGAACAAUGAAAUCGCAAAGAGAGAUAUGGAAGCGUUAGCCUCUACAACUAAUUUAAAUGACAGACAUCGAUCGCAUACAUGCGACGAAGAAUGUGAAAAUCAAGAUACUAUACUUAUGCCCCGCACUCAAAGCUUGCUUUUAAACAAAACUGAAGCUUUACAAAUUCGUGUGCAAUAUGCAAAAACAAACGAAGAAGAGUAUCAUGGGAUUGAUAGUAAUCUUCUUGCUCCCCAUGAUUCUUUGCAACGAACUGGAAGUAAUUUGCUCAAAUCACACUCUUUAAAUGAGAAAUUACUUCAAACGUCCAUAGCUGAAGAAAGUUUAUCGCCCCUUCAAGAAGUUAUAAGAUGCAAAUCAGAAUCAGAUGCAGACACGUGUACAGCACAAGUUGAGAAUGACGCACCGAAAACAGAAAAUGAAAACAAACGUAAGGGGAAAAAAGUUCUCAAGUUGAAGAAACAUAAAAGGAAUGCAAAAACAAAAAGUUUGGAUAGAACAAUGCUCUCAGUUGAAAGAAGUGCAAAUUUUAGUUCAGCUGAAGCAACAUUUUGGUCCGAAAAUGUGACAGCUGGCGUGGAUAGAAAUUCUCUUAGUGAAACUGUUGAUAUAAACGAAUCAGAUAGUCUCAAUUUGGUGAAUGAACUUCAAGAACUCAAAAGUGAGACAAAAUAUCUGGAUUUAGAUGAAACUGAUAGCAAUGAUUUGGAUGCUAAAGAAUCUAUGGUUAAAAACACAGAAUCAUUUAGCAGUGGUAUAUCCUCUGCAGGUAGUGAAUAUUCCAUCAAAGAUUUAAAAGAACGCCAUAAUAAUACGGUCAUGCAACGUAAAAUAUCCAUACCCGCACAAUCAACUGACUCCUUGUCUCCACCUCCUCCAAGAGCCGUUAAAUUUUUCACUUUAGAGCGGACGAGAAGAAAGAAAGAAGCAAAAAAUCGAGAUUCUGGUGUGUUUGAUGACGAUUUAGAAAGUGACACAGUGGGGGAGGGUGCCAAAUCAAAUAGAACUUCUCUGGACCACUACAAACUUAUAUAAGUUAUUUUUCUCUUCCUCACCAGUUUUAAAAAUACGUCUUCGUUAUGUUAUAAAUAUGAUGCGCUACAAAAAAGCCUUGAAACAUUUUCACUUUUUUAGUUUCAAAGCCUAAAAUCCCCUUAACUCGCUAAAUCUAUUUGCACGAUAAUAUAAUUUUGUACUUAUAAAUAAAUGCAUUUUAAUUUGCUUGAGUUAACAUCUUGCCAGAUUAGAUGAGUUAGAAAUGCUAGAUGUCACAUGUCACGUUUGUAAGUACGCUUUUCUGUGGAAAUCUUAAUUGUUUUUUGAUUUAUAAUAACAAUUAAUUGUGAUCCUCCAUAUUCUACGUUAAGCCAAACGUUCAGGCAGCUUGCUGUAUCUCCAUAUUUUUGCUUUAGGUUUUCGAGCCUUGUUUGCUUCGCAUUUAGCCAGCGAAGCGGGUUUGCACAUAUAAGCUAAUUUUGUUUAUCAGAUAUUUGACACUGUAAAGAAUUCAUUGUAAUCUCGUCCCUGGACUUCUUUUUACUUUCUGGUAUGCGCCCUAGUCGCAUAUCAGAAAGCGAAAAAGGAGUCCUGUGAACGAUAUUGGAAUUUAUUGUAUAAUUUAUUAUAAAUAAGCGAAUAUUAAAUUUUUGUUGCAAUA